CUUGAGCCAGCCCAACAAGCCAGGCCUUACCUUCCAGCAGAGAGCCAGAAUGGCCACCAUAGCGCCGCCUCCUAGCAAGCGACAGAAGAUCGCUGCAGAAGAGAGGGCAGAAAGGGCACUGGAAGAAACAAAAAUACCAGACGACUUGGGCAGUGUGAGAGUGCAAUUCGUCGACCAGAGCACAGGAAAGUCAACGGGACCUGUGGUUGCAGUUCCUGUGAAAGAUGCCACUGUUAAAAACCUCGAGACUCUGCUGAAUACGAUUCAAGGCAAUGAUCCCGCCGAGCGACUGCCCUACCGCUUUUUCUUUCAGAACGAUCGAAUCCCGACUACCCAAGAAGUUCCGAAUGCCAUUGUCGAUGUGCAAACUGACGUGUACAACUCCAUCCUCAAACCUGGCUUCAAGACCACCGAAGACAAUAUCAUCCUCCAGUUCACUCCUCAGGCUGUAUUCCGCGUCCGCGCUGUUUCAAGAUGUUCCGCAUCAAUAGCAGGGCACGGCGAAGCCAUCCUGGCAACUGCAUUCUCACCGGAGACAUCUUCUAGGAUGGCCACGGGUAGUGGGGAUAAUACUGCACGAAUAUGGGACUGCGACACCGGGACACCAUUGCAUACCUUAAAAGGACAUACGAGCUGGGUGCUUGCGGUUUCGUGGUCUCCAGACGGCAAAAUCCUUGCCACGGGGAGCAUGGACAAUACUGUGCGGCUGUGGGACCCGAAGACAGGAGCUGCUCUGGGCGGCCCGCUGAAGGCGCACACGAAAUGGAUCACCAGCCUCUCAUGGGAACCAUACCACAAUCAGGUACCAGGCAAACCUCGAUUGGCAUCAGCCUCAAAAGAUGGCACAGUCAGAAUCUGGGACAUCCCGCUGCGCCGCAUCGAGCAAACCCUUUCCGGGCACAAGGGAUCUGUGACUUGUGUGCGUUGGGGCGGGCUUCAUCGAGUGUUCACCGCCUCCCAAGAUAAAACGAUCAAAAUAUGGAAUUCGCGAACGUGGAAUUGUUUACACACAUUAUCCUCGCACACCCACUGGGUUAACCACCUCUCACUCUCCACGGACUUUGCUCUCCGGACAUCUUACCACGACCACACGGGUAAGCACCCGUCAUCAACUGAAGAAAAAAUUGCCAAGGCAAAGGAUCGAUUCGAAGAAGCAGCGCGUCAGGAAGGAAAGUUGGUGGAAAGACUCAUUUCGGCAUCAGACGACAACACCAUCUUCCUCUGGGAACCGUCUUCUUUUGACCCGGAUUCGAAGGCCACCCCCAAGCCUGUUGCGCGCUUGCUAGGCCACCAGAAACAAGUUCUUCAUGUCUCUUUCUCCCCUGAUGGCCACUACAUUGCCUCGGCAAGCUUCGACAACAGCGUCAAAUUGUGGAACAGUCGAGACGGGAAAUUCGUCUGCACCUUGCGAGGUCACGUGGGUGCUGUGUAUAUGUGCGCAUGGUCAAGUGACAGCAGGUUGUUGGCAAGUUCGAGUAAAGAUACCACUGUCAAAGUGUGGGACGUAAGGACGGGGAAGUUGAAGAUGGAUCUCCCUGGACAUAAAGACGAGGUAUUUGCUUUGGAUUGGUCGGUGGAUGGGGCCUGUGUGGCCAGUGGUGGGAAAGACAAGCUUGUCAAGCUGUGGAAGCACUGAGUUCUGUCCAGGAUUGACAUGUCUUUCAGAACGGUGGUGGGAUUUUGUGGUAAAUUUAAUCGCGAGGCGCAUAGAUUAGACGUGAUGAUGACUGAGGACUGAUACCCCACGAUCAAAAUGGUCAAGAAAAAUAUUGGAUUUCAAUGAAAUAUGUG